GACAUAGGUUACGGCACCCUUUUACACGUAUCUCUUUGUUGAUUUUUCGUAUAUGUUGAAGCAGCGGGGGCGGCGCGAGUUUUGAUGUUUACGAGGGCUCGCACAGAGUUAGUCAACUUCACACUUACAGCCAGUCAUAAAGUGCCGCGACAAGCCAAUUCUUUUCUAUUUAUCACUUAAAGCCGUGGUAAUCCGUGCGCAAAAGAGUUACUAUUAAGAUAGAGGGAUUCUCUUUCCUUCACUCAUUUGAGCUGUGCUAAGGCAAUCAAGAAUCUAGUCGAGCUCUUUGAGUUGUCUUCUUAACAAUGCAGUGCAAAAGUAGGGUUUGACGCUGAUGACACUUGUUGGAGGCUCUAAGUAAAUUUCCUCUCAAUUCAAUGAUCUAUGAACAUCUCACAAAAGACACUGCGUCUCACAAGGGACAUAUUUCGUCUCUUUGUUUCUUACGACGCAUUUCAUCGCGGCUGCUCGCAUUUGCUCUGGUCUCUGGGUUGUUGAAUUAGUGGGUUUAUGGCCACCGAGGAUCUUUCUUUUCAUGUUCUAGAACAGCCUCAUGACUUGUACCGGUCCUCCCAUAAAGGUCAACAGGGUUGGACAUCUAGGCCCGCGUCAACUGAAUUCUUGAAGGACAGAGGUGCAGGAAGGCAUAGGUGGUCUUUGGAAGACGAAGUACUUUCUUCCAAUACAAGUAUGAAACAUCCAAAACACGAGAGUGGAGCUUUGUGUGGAAACAAUGAUAAUCAAACACCUCUAACUCACCUUGAUGGGGACUCAUUACGUCUGCGUGACACGGAGAAGGAGAGGAUGGAGAGCAGGACUGUACCAAUCAGCUCUGAACUGACUUCCGAGUAUGGAAACAAAACUAGAUUUCAUGGUGAAUCUGAUCAUCGAGCUCGUUCGGGUGAUGGCCUGAGGAGUCGACGUCACGAAAAUGGAAAUGAUUACAACCAGUUGCAGGAGCUUGCCCAUUCGGGAGAUGGUUAUCAACGAGUUUUAAAUUCCCUGGUUGAAGGGGAUACUUCUGUCGUCAGAAAUUCAUCUAAAGAUUCCGCAUGUGCUGAACGAUCUGAUUAUAUUUCGAACAAUCUCCAAAGCAAGAAUUUAUCUACUGCUACAACCCCUGUGAACUCGAGUUCUGGUAAAGAGACGGUUCGUUCGGAACGGGGUGAAAGUAAUGCAGUGGCAGCUGGUGUCAAUCACGAGAAUGGUUGGUUCUAUUGUAAUGCUUAUAAUUCUCUCAGCGGUCCUUUCUCUCUUGAGGUUCUCCGCGAGGGAUUUAAUGUGAAGUUUUUACCAGGUGAACUGGUUGUGUAUUAUCGUCAAGACGGUGUCUAUUCCACAUCUCAAGAAUUGAAAGUGCUUAUUGGCACGCCAACUGUUUCAUCUCAACGUGUCAACUCAAGAUUUCAAGAACCUACACCUCAGCAGGUUUGGGGUGAACAAUGCUGGGAGUACCAAGGGGCGGAUGGUUCCAUGCAAGGACUUUUUUCCCUCUGGCAAUUAGGGCAGUGGCUCAAUUCAGAGCACCUGUAUUCUUCUCUCGAGAUCCGUCAUCGUGGAAAUCUUGUGGCUCCUAUGCCUCUCGGGCAGUUACUAGAACUAGCAAAUAAGGGAGUUCUCUAUUCGAAUAUUUCCUCAAAUAAUCAGAAUAACGCCACACCCGACGGCGGACCAAGUGUUUCUGUAUCUGAUCCUCAGGUUAACCUACGGUCUAUUACAUUAGACCAUGCCAGGAAAUCACUUCACGCUCUGGUGUUGAAAGCGGCACACAGAAGCUUAAUUGAUGGGGCUAUUGCAGAAUUCUUGCAAGAGUGGAUACGAGCUCCGAAGAAAAUAGAGAAGACCGCAGAAGUUCCUGUUCCCGAUUGCCCACCUGGAUUUAUGCAAGGCCAGCAACGAUUAGAAACUUCUUCACUAAGUCCAGAUGUGCCACCAGGGUUUGACGUGGAUCUCAGUGGAAGGCAAGCAUUACCUUCUAAACAGUGUGUAAAGAAAAUCGCGGGCGUGUAUGGGAGUGUUAACGAUUCUACUGACGUUGAGGGUUACGAUGUAGCUUCGAAGUACAAACCUGUCUCUUCGGAUUCCAACGAUUUGGUUUCAACCCAAAUUCAACCAGCACAGUCAAGACAGACUGGAAGCCCUGUAGGAGCUCACGAGACAAAUGCUAUGCUUGUUUAUUCUCCUUCUAUGAAGAUCGAUGAUUGUCACGUGUUGGCAGAGCUUCCAUGUCGACCUAAAGAAGAAAGAAGGGCAGAUUCUCUCUUAUCUAAAGUGGGAGCUCUUGAGCAUGACGCCAAGAGCAAUGCGGGAGUCAACCCCAGGUUUCUCAAGAAAGUACGCAAAGUUCCAAAUGCUAGGAGUCACACCAGGGAUGAGUACGGUUUUCUCAAGUCAGAUUGGUCUUCAAGUCAUGCGAAUAAUAUCACUUCGCCUGUUCGUUCCAAGAAGCAAGCAGAUGAGAAAUCAGAUAAACCUAAGAAGCUAUUGAGUGAAAAGCCUGGUCAACAUAAGAAACAUAAGAAUCUAGUGAAUGAGAAAACUGAUACACCAACAAAGCAAGUGGACAAGAAAUCUGAGAGAUUGAUGAAGCCAGUGGACGAGAGACUCCAAAAUGAAGUGAAUGAGAGACCUAAGAAGCACAUGGGUGAGAAGCCUCCGAAACUUAAGAGUCAAGCGAAGGAAAAGCCUGAGAAGCCUGGCAAGCAAAUUUUUGAGAGGCUUGAGAAAUCUAUGAAGCAUAUGAACGAGGCAACUGCAAAGUCUAAAACGAAUAUGAACGAUACUUCUGCGAAAUUUAAAAAUCAUAUGGUGGAAACGCCUAAGAGGCCUAAGAAACCCGAGAAGAAUUCGGUCGGGUUUUUUGAGACAACUAAGAAUGUGGAUGAGAUCUCUAAGAAACUUGAAAAAGAAUCUGUUGAUGAGCCUGUGACAUUUGAGCAACAUGUGGACGAGAUGCCUGAGGAACCUGAGAAGCAAGUGGAUAAGAAGCUUGAAAAGGACGAUAUCAAAGAUUCUGAUAGUCAAAGCACUAAUGGACACAAUCAUGUCAUAGUUCUGGAGUCAGAUUGCUCAAGUGGGGAUCAACAUACCUCUACUCUUGCUCAGCAUAAGAGGAAAGCUUCGAAAAGUUCACUCGGUGAUGAAGAAAGUGAUCCACUUUACAAAGAGACUGAGAAGUUUAGAUUGAAGCAAGGUGACUCAACUGUUGAUGGUCAUGACAAUCGAUCCAGACUCGUCGGUGACACAAGAGGACUGGACGUUGCAGCAAUCGUGAAGGUGAACAUGAAAGAGGAUCCUGCACCAAACAUGGUGAAGAAGGUUAAGAAGAAGACGAGAAAGAAAGGGAUACAUGAAAAGGAUGGAAUUUACAGCAGUGUACAGAAUCCAUGUGUUCUGUCUCAAAGAGAAAGGCUUCGGAAGCUUCUACGGAGUCAGUUGAAGCAGAAGGGUGACAAUAGGAGUAAGGCCUUAACAGUUGAAUCUGAGGAUGUGUCACAGUCCAAGAGAAACCUGAUCGAGAAAAGAGCUCAUGAAACAGAGAGUGAAGACGUGGGUUACAAGUUUAUGCGUGAAUCCUGCAAUUUUGUUAGUGUUGAAUCCGACGAAAACGUUUUUCACGUUAGGAAGAGAAGGAAAACGAUAGAUGUUGAAGAAACUGAGAAGCCAGGCUCGGUACCAGUCGAAGAAACGAAUGACGUUUGUGAGAAUGAAACCAGGAGGCGCAAUGACAGUGGAGUUAGAAAUCAUUUUACCAAUAACAAUUGCAAUUUGACUGAGGCUGUUGUCAACAACCCAACAUCACAGCCGGAUAAAGAAAGUAAAAAAAUGGCCGGUCAUUUACUUGAGUCCAGAGGGUCAGGUGAGAUGAGUUCUCUCUGUGUGCAGAUCGACUAUGCACCCAAACUUGUGAAUGAAGACCUAGGGGGUCUAGUUCAGAACAUGCCCCUCGAUAUAGAUGGCCACUUUGCUGUUGUCAAGAAGGCAGCAGUCAAGAGGUACAUACCCUCAUCGGCCCAAAAUCAGGACAUAUCUGAAGCCCCACUUAGUCUUGUGAAGCCUGCUCUUAGUGUGCAAGAGGGUGUCAGGCGUUAUUCGAAGGAGGUAUUGCAUGAAUUUGCUGCCAAAUCUGAAGUCACACCCAUGUUGGACACGUUAGACUCUGACCAUUUAUCAGUUUUGAAAGAGCAAGAGCCUACUGUAAGGGACCAAACGCGUGAUCUUAUUAUGGAGGAGGCAGGCACUGCUAAUUUUCAACACAAGGGUGAACAUAAAACACAGAGAGAGCUAAAAUGUGACCUAACGUGCCCUGAGCAACCUGUGAUGCAAAGCGGCAAGAAAGCUGUCGGUAGGACGAAAAAAAUUAAGUUUGGAAGAGAUGGAAAGACUGUGCUGGCAGAAAAUGCGAACAAGUCUACCGUCCUUAGUAAAUCAAGCUGCGCAGGAUCUGGAGUCCCGGAGUCAGUUUCACGCAUGAAAUCGAAGAAAGCAAAAUCGGUCGCUAAAAAAGAGGCUGAAUCUGAUGGCUUAGAAAAGCCGGAAUUGAAGAUCGGAAAGGGUGGUGAUUUAGCAAGCAUUGAUAUGUUACUAUCUGUCCCAACUUCAGUGGGUUGUGCCCGAUGCUCUAUUACUGGUUGGGAUUGGCGCACUUGGGCUCGAGACAGAGCGAAACGAAGAUUGCAAAGGAGGGUGAAAGCAGCAAUUAGGAAAGAAGUGAAGCAAGACUUAAAGAAGUUGAAGAGAGCUACGAAGAAGAAUGUAACCAAUGUCAACAAUAGUACAACUACAACUGUCAUUGCAGGUCUACAAGCUGCCCGCAAAAAUCGUGCUGACAUGCGAAAGCUAGCUGUGGGUGCUGAGGGUUCUGAUUUGCUGAGAUUUAACAUGCUCAAGGCUCGCAAAAAACAAUUGAAGUUUCAGCGAAGCAAGAUCCACGACUGGGGUUUGGUUGCUGCGGAGCCAAUCGAUGCAGAAGAGUUUGUUAUUGAGUAUGUUGGAGAAGUUAUCAGGAACAGGGUUACAGAUAUUCGAGAAAAACGGUAUGAGGCUAUUGGUAUUGGCAGUAGUUACAUGUUUCGCGUUGACGACGAGCAUACGCUGGACGCAACGCGCCGUGGCGGUUUAGCGCGGUUCAUAAACCACUCCUGUGAUCCGAACUGCUACACGAAGAUUAUAACUGUUGAAGGGCAAAAAAAGGUCGUGAUAUAUUCGAAGCAACGAAUUGUACCAGGAGAGGAGCUGACGUAUGACUACAAGUUUAGUCUGGAGGAAGUGAAAAUACCUUGUUUCUGUGGUGCAGCCAAAUGUCGAGGCUCCAUGAAUUGAACAACAUGGGAAAAGCACUGCAGAAUCUUAUCACAUAUUUAUACCUCGUCGAUAGGUUCAAUAUUAUCAGGUUGAAGGUUGUCUGUUGGAUGGAUGUGGAGGUUGUUGAAGGCUAGCUUGACGAUUUUGGAGAUCGCAGUGCAAGGGAUGCAGUUGGAGAAUGUUCGAUCAUAUCUGUAGAAAUUGAGUUAGGUCAAACCACUCAAAGUCUGUGGAUUAUACAUUGUUGUAGGAGAGCCAGGACUCGAGGUAGGGGUGUGAUGAUCUUGUGCAGUCACAGCAAAGUUUGAAUUUCAAAUUUGAAUCAGAUAUGAGUGUUCGCACUUUCAGUGAUAACCGAGUUGUCCUGAAGUUUUCACGACGAUGUGAUAAUAGACCCCUUAAGAGCUCUCAAGGGCCACGUAGUUCCAUUCUAAGUUGAUAGGAUCGCAUGUUCUUCCACAAACAUUCGUAGUGGUCGUUGUACAGUUCUCAAGGCAAAAGAGAUACACAAUGUCUUCUCAGAUAUUAAUCCUCUGCUUCACAGGACCCUCUGCAGAUACGCGGUUUCAAUGCCAGAGACGUCUAGAUUGGGACAUAAUGCAGGUCUGUUCAUCGAUUUUGGAA